AUGAUUGGUGAACCACCGCCAAGGAAAGUUGGGAUGCCGAAACUCAAGCGUUGCAGCUCAGCGGCGGAUUCAGGAAUUGGGAAUAGCGACGGAUUUGAGCAAUCACGCGUCGUCGCUAGAAAUCCCGUGAUGAUGCAGAAGACGACCGAUCAGUGUUUUACGGUUCCUGUCGCUCAAAUCGAGGCGAGCGGUGCUGGUUUUUCAAACUGUUGGGCGGCGACUGGAGUCCGAUCCUUCAAUGCUGGAGGGGACUCCACGGUUCGCGAGGCUGCUGAAAAUAAGCCUCCAUUGUUGAAGUCCUCCAGAGGGCGCAAGCAGGCGCUCCCCAUGAAAUUCAGCGACUCGGUUUUGCACUCGUGGAAGAAAGAAAAGUCAGAGUGUGGUGAUGAUCCGAAGAGCUGUGUGGAUGAUAAUGAUGAAUGCGUUCAGGAUAACAAGAAGUUGAAGCGGAAGGAGGCGUCUGCAUCCUACGGGGACAUAUACUUGGUGAAGAAACCACGGACAGAAAAGCAGUAUGGUAACUUCCAGUUGAAAAGCAUUACUUCUGAGCCAUAUCCGAGUUCCCUCAAUUCAGCGACGUCCAUAAAUGAAGGAAGUUCCUCUUCUCCAAUGAUGGAUAGAGUUGGGAAGCUGAAUGGGCAUGCAGGACCGAUGAGGCCCGUGAAGAAGAAAGUAGUUGAGAAAAAGGCUGAUUUUUAUGAGCCCAGUGAUUUUGCUACGGGAGAUGUAGUCUGGGCGAAAUGUGGGAAGCAUUUUCCUGCUUGGCCUGCAGUUGUGAUUGACCCCCUCUGGCAAGCUCCUGAGCCUGUACUGAGAGCUUGUGUUCCCGGCACUCUUUGUGUGAUGUUUUAUGGGUACUCCAGAAGUGGACAAAGGGAUUAUGGGUGGAUAAAAGCUGGAAUGGUUUUUCCGUUACAUGAGUACAUGGACAGAUUUCAGGGGCAGACCAAGUUGCAUGGUAGUAAGCCAAGCGAUUUCCUUAGGGCUAUAGAGGAGGCAGUUUUAGUAGAAAAUGGCUACGAUAAUUCGGACAUGGGAACCAGGCAGGAAACAUUACCUGUGCCAGAUCACGGGGAUGUUGAAGAAGCAACUGGUUCGAAUCAGGAGUCUGAAUUUAGCCAAUUUCAUUUUGCUUCCUUGUUACAGGAGAUGCCUAGUAAAAAAAAAGAGACCCGAACUUGUGGCUGCUGUGGUUUGAUAUUUCCAUCUAGAAUGUUGAAAAAAAUUAAGAAUGCAACAACCAAGGCCCUUUUUCUGUGUGAGCAUUGUAUUACGUUAAGAAAAUCCAAUCAAUUUUGUGGUAUUUGCAAGCAAAUUUGGCAUCAUUCAAAUGGUGGCAGUUGGGUAUGUUGUGAUGGUUGUGAUGUUUGGAUCCAUACUAAGUGUGCCAACAUUUCAUCUAAGCUUUUGAAGGAUCUGAAAAGUACGGAGUACUUCUGCCCUGAGUGCAGAGCUAAACCGUCAUCUGAACUAUUGGCUUUGGAUAAUCAGCAACUAUAUCUUAGUCCUGCAGAGCGGCUUGAAAGCAAAAAACCACCAGACAAGAUAACAGUUAUCUGCAAUGGCGUGGAAGGGAAUUAUUAUCCGAGUCUUCAUUUGGUUCAGUGUACAUGUGGUUCAUGUGGUACAAGGAAGUGUGGGCUCAAUGAGUGGGAACGGCAUACAGGAUGUAGAGCGAAGAAAUGGAAGUACAGUGUUAAAGUGAAGGGCUCUAAAUUAACACUUGAAAAAUGGAUGUCGCUGUACAAUUUACAUGGCUUCAGUUCUACUCGGUUGGAUAAGCAGCAGUUGUUUUCUUUUCUGAAAGAAAAUUACCAUCCUGUUCAUGCAAAGUGGACCACUGAAAGAUGUGCUAUUUGUAGAUGGGUUGAAGACUGGGACUACAACAAAAUAGUAAUAUGCAACAGGUGUCAGAUAGCAGUACAUCAAGAAUGUUAUGGAGUGAGGAAUACUCAAGAUUUUGCUUUGUGGGUAUGCCGUGCAUGUGAAACCCCAGAAUUCGAGAGGGAAUGUUGCCUCUGUCCUGUAAAAGGGGGUGCACUGAAGCCAACUGAUGUUGAUGAUUUAUGGAUUCAUGUUACCUGCGCGUGGUUUCGCCCAGAAGUUGCUUUCUUAAACGCGGAGAAAAUGGAGCCUGCUGUUGGGCUUCUUAAAGUUCCACCAAACUCGUUUGCUAAGGCAUGUGUUAUUUGCAAGCAGAUUCACGGUUCUUGCAUGCAGUGUUUCAAGUGUGCCACUUAUUUUCACGCAACAUGUGCUUCUCGUGCUGGAUAUUGCAUGGAAUUGCAUUGCGUUGAAAAGAAUGGGGUGCAAAUAACUAAAUGGAUAUCAUAUUGUGCUUUCCACAGGACACCUAGUGCGGAAAAUGUUCUAGUGAUUCUGACCCCGGAUGGGGUUUUUUCUAACAGAAGUUUGCUCCAAGGCCAGUAUCAAGAACAACGCUCGAGAGGUUCAAGGUUAAUCUCAACAAAUACUGUCAAGUGUUUGGAUUCAUCUCCUGCUGAUUCUAAUGAGUUCGAAGAGAUAUCUGCAGCAAGGUGCCGUGUUUACAAACGACCAAAUGUUAAGGGGAGAGGAACAGAAUCAGUUUUCCACCGCUUGAUGGGGCCUCGUCAUCAUGCUCUUGAUGUCAUAGAUUCUUUGAGUUAUCAUCAUAAAGAUAUGGAAGAGAUGGCAUCUUCAACAUUCAGUGAACGCUUAGAACAUUUGAAGAAAACAGAGAAAUAUCGGGUUUGCUUUGGUAAAUCAGGAAUACAUGGGUGGGGCCUCUUUGCAAGGCGAAGCAUCCAAGAAGGAGAAAUGGUUAUCGAAUAUUGUGGUGAGCAGGUGAGGUGUAGCAUUGCUGACCUAAGGGAGAAACGGUAUGGGUUGGAAGGCAAAGAUUGCUACCUUUUCAAGGUUAGUGACGAAAUAGUAAUUGAUGCCACAAAUAAGGGGAACAUUGCUCGAUUGAUUAAUCAUUCGUGCAUGCCUAACUGUUACGCGAGGAUCAUGAGCAUGGGCAAAGAAGAGAGUCGUAUAGUUCUUAUAGCUAAGACCAGCGUCUCGGCUGGUGAUGAGCUAACCUAUGAUUAUAAGUUUGAGGCGGAUGAGAGUGAGGAGGUUAAAGUCCCUUGCUUUUGUAAUGCGCCCUGCUGCCGAAAAUUUUUGAACUGA